ACAGAACACAGUUUAUCAGUGAAGAGUAGCCUACACUGUACAGAACAAGGAAUCAAAGGGAGGAUCUCAAUUGCAUUUGUGACGCACGUGAAAUGUAUGGUCACGUUUGUUUUUUUAUUUGUGUUUUUAUUUUGUUUAAGAGGAAUAUUUCACGUUCUGAUUCAUUCUAGGUAUUACUUGAGGCCUCCCAAUGGUUUCCAAUUGAAAUGCACAUAUACCUAUUGUUGCCAGUAGAAGGAGAUAACGGUACGUUUUGUCUUCACAUCUGGAACGGUUUUGAACGAACUGCUGGAACUUCCUCAUUCUUCUGAGAGAAGCCUAACUGGAAAGAAGCAAACGUUAUCCUGUCGCAACUUUGCUCCUGUUUUACAGUUCCAGAGUGAUCCAUCGUCAGAUCAAAUGGCUUCAAAUAACAAAAUUAUGAAAAUGUCUGAGCCUCAUAAUAACAAGGAAGAACACUGUCACCAAUUCUACUUUCUUAGUGGAAACUUGACAAAGAAAGUGGAAAUCACCUGUACCGAACCUGGCACCAUAUUAGAAGUUCUCAAAAGAAAUGAGAUAUUCUGUAAACUAAUUGAUAAGGUGGAAAGGAGAGAAGUUGUCAUUGUGAAUGAAAAAGGGGCCAUAGCGGAGCACUUUCCAUGUUUCUUAAUUAAUGAGGGUGAGACACUCGAAAUCUCUGCUCUCUCUACAACAAAAACACCAGCCAUAGAUGGGAAAAGGGAAUUUGAACAGGGAAAAGAAUUUGAACAGGGAAAAGAAUUUGAACAGGGAAAAGAAUUUGAACAGGGAAAAGAACUUGAACAGCAAAAAUCAAAAUUUGUCACUUUCUGUGUUGAGACAACAGGUGGGGAAAACACCAAAACCAAGGAUCUGCUUAAAAACAAACAAUUAAAGCAUUUUACCCCUCUGUGUAUCUAUGCAAAAUAUGGGGAUACAGUCAAGUCAGCUCUGGAAACAGAUGGGCGCUUCUCAGACAUUGUGUUUAAAAAAACAUCUACACUCUGUGAGUUACCACAAAAACAAGUGAUUAUUGAUAUGUCCGCUGUAGUAAAUAACCUAAAAGAUCGCAAAUUUGAAAUUAUUCUUAAAAGAACCACAAAACCAACGAUUUCUGACAAAAGUUUAAAAUCUGAAGGUGACACCACACAACCCUCUCAGUCCAACCCAAGUUCAACAUCAGAGGAGGGGCCCUCGAUGGGAAACACACAGGAGCAACAAGAAAAACAGGCAAAAAAGAAACAAAAAUACUUUCCCAUGCCAGAUUCUAGUGAAAUUCAGCAGAUCUUACGUGACCAGUUUAAAGGUUUACUAGAUCAGAUGAAGAGUAGGUAUCCACAGGCAAAAUCUGAGUCUGAAGUGAUAGAGUUGAUGAGGAAGGAAUUUGAUAAGAAAUCUGAGGGUUUUACUGAAGUGUACAGGUUAACAGAGCUGGCAGAAGUGACCACCUCAGUCUGUAAGGUCGAAUUAUUUGAUGGACAGCAAUUGACUGAAGGCACAGGUUUCCUGCUGUUCGAUAACUUCAUCCUGACAAAUGCUCAUUUGUUUAAGGAUGAAGGUGUAUUGACUGGAAAGAAACUGUCGGUUGCCACAACUGUCACGUUUCAUUUGGACAACCCACUUAAUAAAACUGGUGAGCUAAAGUUAGAUGUUAAACCAGAAGUGGUUGCCCUCCAAUAUCCAUCUGAUAAGUGGGGGCGUCUGGUUGACUAUGCCAUACUGGAGUGUUGUAACCCAUCCAAUUGCGAGUUUCCUCCAGGUCUCCUUCAGAAGUAUGGCCCAGUCCCUCAGACAGGUGUGAUCUACAUUUUUGGCCAUCCAAAUGGAGGGAUUAAAAAGAUGGACUCCACGACCAUAAUAUCGGUAGAACAAAGAAUGGCAGCUGAGAGAAAACAUCUAAGAGAAAACGAGAGCUCCAUCAUGUUAAUAAAAGAAAACAUGGAGGGUAAUAAGUUGAACAAAGAGUUUAAUGAGCAGAUAACGCAGGGGCAAUGUGCUGUGCUGACCUAUAACACCUUCUGCUUGAAUGGAGCCUCUGGGUCUCCGGUUAUAAAUCCCUGUCAUCGUCAAGUCAUUGGUGGCACUGAAGUAUAUGGCUGCCAGGUGGUUGCCAUGCACACUGGUGGGUUUUCUUACAAAUCUCCGGAAACUCAAGAAACUCAGAGUGUGAUUGAAUAUGCAAUCCCUCUCAGAAUCAUUCUAGAAAACGUAUUGUGCUACUUGGUGGAGACAAACAAUUGUAAAAUGUUGUCAGGAUUCACCAAUGUUGCCAAGAAAAACCAACAUCUGUCUGAGCUCAUUGACUGUCUUAUCACUAAAAUGAAGACCACAUAGCUACCUGCAAACACUAAUACCCCAGUGGUCAGAGAUGGGAUGCUUAAAUUGAUCUCUGAACUAAAGACAACGUAUAGCAAGGAUGGGAAUUAGGUUCUGAACUAUGUUUUAUCAGGCUGCAGACGUCACCUGUGAGUUGGGAAGCAGCUCUAAAUCAAAUAAUAAUAAUGUUUUUAUUGUCACACACAGUAGAUAGGUGCAGUGUAAUGUGUUGUUCU